UAAACACGAAUGGAGUCGCCCCCAAAGGAUGACUGGGGUAUUUCACACCCUUGGGUCUCCCCCGCCCUUUUCUCGCUCCAUUCUUUUUCCUCCGCUCCUCAUUCCUCUCCCUCCUCAUCCACCCCCUCCCGCACCCAUGGCCACCGAAAGCACUCCCCACAAGCCCCAUGUCCCUUUCAAGGCACUGACCAUCGCAGGCAGCGACAGCGGAGGAGGAGCCGGGAUCCAGGCGGACCUGAAGACCUUCACUUCCCUGGGCACCUUCGGCACCUCGGUCCUGACCUCGGUUACUUCCCAGAACACCCUCAAGGUCGAUGGCAUCCAUCCCAUCCCUGCGGAUUUUGUCGCUCAGCAGCUCGAAGCCGUUCUCUCCGACAUCGGCACCAACGCCAUCAAAACCGGAAUGCUGUGCAACGCCGAGAUCAUCGCCGCCAUCGCCAAGACCCUCCGCAAGUUCUACCCCUCCACUCGCCCAAUUCCUAACCUCGUCGUCGACCCCGUCAUGAUCGCCUCCUCCGGUGCCGCUCUCCUCGACACCGCCGCCAUCGAGACUCUCAUCCAAGAAAUCCUCCCGCUCUGCCACAUCCUCACCCCCAAUGUUCCCGAGGCCGAAUAUAUUCUUUCAAAGGCCAAACUUGAGAACCCCCUCUUUAAAGCUGAAAGCUCCAAAAUCGAUUCAUUGGAACAAAUGAAAUUCGCAGCUCAAGAUCUCGCGCGUUUGGGUCCUUCGAUUGUCCUGUUAAAGGGUGGACAUCUGCCAUUCUACAAAAAAAGCGGAAAGGUCCUGCCCCAGGAACUCGCCGAGAAGAUCGAUGAUCUAUCUGUUAAGCUUGAAGAAGAAGAGUUGGAGCUCGUCGACCUGAUCUGGGACGCUAGGACAGGGACUUUCACAGAACUGAGGAAGGAGUUUCUGAGGACGAGCAGUACCCAUGGCACAGGAUGUACCCUCAGUGCUGCUAUCGCUGCUAAUCUCGCACAUGGUCUUAAAGAUCUGAACGCGAUUAUCCGAGGCGGCAAUUACGUCCAGUCUGCGAUCCGUGACGGACUCACCGUCGGACAGGGCAAAGGCUGCCUGAAUCACUUCCACCACGUCGUUCGUCGCAGCAUCGAAAAGCCCACGCGAUUCAACCCCCACCCGCUGACGAACCACCUCCUCAAGGCCUGCGCCGACGAUUGGUCCAAAUAUACCCACCACAAAUUCGUCCAGGGCAUUGCUGACGGUACCCUCCCCAAGGAGUCCUUUAUUCACUAUAUGAAGCAGGACUACCUCUUCCUCCAGACCUACGCACGUGCUCAUGGUCUCGGCGCCUUCAAGGCCAAGACCAUGGCCGAAUCCAAGGCCUUUGCAGAUAUCGUCGUCCACAUCGCCACGGAAUCUAAGCUGCACAUUGAUUAUUGUACCAAGUGGGGGAUUACCUACGAGGAAAUUAUCAACACGCCCGAGAGCAUGGCCAAUGUCGCCUACACCCGCUACGUCCUCGACAUUGGUAUGACAGGCGAUCUCCUAGACCUGGGUCUGGCGAUCGCCCCUUGCUUAAUCGGCUACGGUCAGAUCGGAAACCGCCUCUACAACGACCCCAACACCCUUAAAGGCGACGCCAACCCUUACUGGGAAUGGAUCAAGAGCUACCAUGGCGCCGACUACCAGGCCGCCGUCGACCGUGGCAUUGCCAACCUUGAGCGCCAAUGCAACAUCCAGCAACCAUCCGCUCACCGUCUCAAGCAGCUCGAGGAUGUCUUUAGGACCGCCACCAGACUCGAGGUCUCCUUCUGGGAUAUGGCUCUUCACCGGUUGUAAUUGGACAUUCAAUCGAAAUAAGCCUUCUUGUUUCUUUCAGCAAAAUAAAUAAAGGAAUUUUAAUG